AUCUUGUUGCUCUGUCUGGGAGAUUCCCCCAGCCAAGUUCACUUCCUUAUUGACUAAAUAAAUUAGAGGUCAUGUGCCGCCUUUUCCUCACUGCUUCGUCGGUAGGCAGAGUGACACUAAAGAAAUCUUCUGCUCCUGACAAACCACUGCUUCAGUCAAGAUGUUCCAGUGCUGCUGGUUGGCUCUAGUGGCUUUCAUCCCUCUGACCUUAAGCACCAACCCCGGGGUAAAGGUCCAACUAACACAAAAAGGCCUGGAAUACGGCAGACAGCUGGGGAUAGCUUCAAUCCAGCGAAAAUUCAGAACCAUCAAAAUCCCAGAUUUUUCAGGGUCAGAGAGAAUAUCUCCCAUUGGCAAGGUCCAGUACAGCCUGUCAAAUCUGCAAAUUGUGGAUGUGGGAUUACCAUCAUCUGCAUUGGGUCUGGUGCCAGGGACUGGUGUCAGGUUGUCCAUUGGGAAUGCCUUCAUCAAUCUGCGUGGAAACUGGAGGGUCAAGUACCUCAGAAUAAUAAAGGACAGUGGCUCUUUUGAUUUGAAUGUGAAUGGACUCUCCAUCACUACAACUAUUGUCAUCAAGAGCGAUGACACAGGCCGACCUGAGGUCACGAGUGUCGGCUGUGCAGCCAGCGUCGGCAGUGCCAAGGUCAAGUUUCACGGUGGAGCCAGUUGGCUUUACAAUCUCUUCAGCAAAUAUAUUGACAAGGCCUUGAAAAAUGCUCUGCAGAAACAGAUCUGCCCUCUGGUGGAUGAUGCUGUAUCUGAUUUGAACCCCGCUUUGAAAACCCUCAAUGUUGAUGCUAAGGUGGACAAGUAUGCAGAGAUUGAAUACUCCAUGGUGUCAUCACCUACAGUUUCUAACUCUUCUAUAGAGUUGAACUUGAAGGGUGAAUUUUACAACACCGGGAAGCAUGAGGAGCCCCCAUUUUCUCCCACUGCCUUUUCCCUGCCACCCCAGACCAACAGCAUGUUGUACUUCGGUCUGUCCACCUUCACCGCCAAUUCUGCAGCCUUUGUCUACCACAAAGCCGGGGCACUCAGCGAGUACAUCACUGACGACAUGAUUCCAAAGAGCUCCCCCAUCCGACUCAACACCAGAACGUUUGGAGCCUUCAUCCCGCAGCUUGCCAAGCUUUUCCCGGGAAUGAUGAUGAAACUGCUGGUGAAGACGGAGAAAAGCCCCAUCAUCACUUUCGAACCCAACAACAUGACAGUUCAGGCCGUUGGCCUGGUGACAGCCUACGUUAUUCAGCCCAACGCAACACUAACCCCUCUAUUCAUUCUGAAUUUGGAGACCAGUGUCAGCGCCAGAGUGUUUGUCAGUGAAAUGAGGCUGGCUGGAGCUGUCACCCUGAACAAAAUGGAUCUGACCCUGAGGACAAGUUACGUGGGAGACUUUCAGGUCAAAUCCCUCAACAAAAUCCUUCAAAUGGUCCUCAAACUGGUAGUGAUACCUGACCUGAAUGUUCAACUUGCAAAGGGAUACCCACUUCCUACACUUGGAAAGAUGAAGCUUGUGAGCACUGAGCUUCAGGUCCUGAAGGACUAUGUGCUAAUUGCGACAGAUGUUCAGUUCACGAGUUGAAUGGUUGAAUUCUGGAAACUCCCAGGAUUCAUCUCUGCUAUGGGGAAGGCUGCCACGACGGCAUAACCACAGCCAGAAAUUUCACAGAAAGAAAAUUCAUGAUAUGAAAGUAUUACUUUUUCUACACUCCUGAGAGAUGUAUGUAGCAGAUGUCCUGUUUGCAUCGCCUGAGAUUUUUAUCACUUUGAUGUUUUGAUACUGUUUUCAUGCUCUUUAAAUGUGCACUCAGACCAGGUUUUCCACAUAGAAAAUCUAGAGCAGUGAACCUUUCCAACAAGGCUACUAAAGUCUGUAGGACAGGGUUUGCUGUUUGUCACCACAAUCAUCUUUCUUUUUUUGUUUUUAUAACGACAUGCUCUUUCCAAAGCACAUCACAGCACUUUCUGCUGCUGACUUUGGGCAAAUUCUGUCUCAAAGUUUCCGACUUCGGUAGCUCACAAAGUGAUUCUGCCAAUGUGCUGACCCGUGACAUUUUUACUGCAGUUUAAGGAGUGCCAUAAAAAAUGCCAUAUAGUCUUGUUUUGAAGGAAAGCACCACUGCUGCAGACAAGACAAAUAAGUCACAGUAGUUUGCAUUAAAGAAACAUUCACCUUCCAAACAGGGUCCAGUAUCUUAAGCAGUUCAGUAUGUACACACACAUAGUUGCUAUUGACUGUAUAAAUAACACAUGGCAGUUUGCACAAAAGUCCCGUGUGACUGUAAGAUGACAAAAAUUCAGUCACUCCACGUGUCUUCAGAGAAGAAAAUAAGAGUCUGUUACAUGUGGGUCAUUCAGGAGUACGUUUCAGUCAUGUUUGUGUCUGAGACUCCACUGUGCCUCUCAGGGAGCUGUGGCUGAGGGCUCGGCCUCUCAGACUCUGAGAGUUGGCUGAUGAUAUCUGUAUCAAAGACACAAGAUAUCAAAUAAUAAGUGAGUGAGUGAAGAAAUUUUUAAAAGUAUCAGAUAAACCUUCAAGUUCUCCAGUGUGAUGACUGCUGAAAUGAUGUCCUUUACCUUUUUGUGAUAUUUGGUGUGUUACAGCGCAACAUGAGUGUUACAUGAUUUUAAUAAAUGUGUCCUGUCAUUUAUA